GCAUAUCCCAAACAACCAGAAAACUCCCUCCUUUUAUUUAAAGAGAAUCGCGAUUGCCUGAUUUCCUCUGCCUCCGCCCCCGCCCCCGCUCCCAUCUCUUAUCCGCAGAGUUGUUGCAAUGGUGGAAGAGAUGAAGGAGAGAAUCCGCGUUAAUGGGUUCCUGUCAGAGGCUAGCCUGAGCACCGCAGGUGAGCUUCGUUGGCGACGAGACUUGGACAGCGGUGGCGAAGAGCGAAGCCUGACCGUCGAAUCGGAAGUUCUUGGAUUAUUAACAGAAGGGAGGAAUAUUAGCAUUAGGGCAUUUGUUAACGAGGGAAAGGGUGGCUUUUCCUGCGGCAGAAGCGGUGGAUUUAGGAAGAGCUCGAGGAAAGAUUUCGUUCUGGAGAUGCCGACGGAGGAGGCUGCGGAGCUGUGGACCGAUCGGCUAAUGGAUUGCUUGAAUUCGCUGGGCCGACCGAAGAGAUUGCUCAUUAUUGUGAACCCGUAUGGUGGAAAGAAAUGUGCCCGAAAGAUAUUUCAUACACAGAUCAGGCCCUUACUGGCUGCAGCUAAUGUCAUGUACACUCUGCAAGAAACAGAAUAUCAGCUUCAUGCGAAAGAAAUUGCCUAUAAAUUGGAUCUCCUAAAAUAUGAUGGAAUUGUAUGUGUCAGUGGAGAUGGUGUUCUUGUAGAGGUGUUCAAUGGACUACUUAAAAGAGAAGAUUGGGAUACCGCAAUCAAAGUACCUCUUGGAAUCAUUCCGGCAGGCACAGGAAACGGGUUGGCCAAAUCACUAUCGGAUGCAGUAGGUGAAAUGUAUUCAAUACAGCAUGCUACAUUUGCAAUUAUAAGAGGCCAUAAAAGAUCACUGGAUGUUACCACCAUAAUGCAAAACAGGACUAAGUUUUUUAGCAUCUUAAUGCUCACUUGGGGUCUGAUAGCUGAUGUUGACAUUGAGUCCGAGAAGUACAGAUGGAUGGGAAGGAAUCGCUUAAACUUUUAUUGUUUUAUAAGAACCAUGAAGUUGCGCAAGUAUCAUGGGCGAGUUGAGUUUGUACCUGCUCCGGGGCACGAAUUCUAUGGGGAAGAAGUAAAGGAUAGAGGGAGCAUGAAUACCUCCAAGGCACAAGGAUGUAACAGUGCUGAAGUGUUGCAUGGUGGUUACCAGGGCCCCACGGAUUGUUUUGAUCAUUCAGAUUGGAGAUUUCUUGAAGGCCCCUUCAUAUCUGUUUCACUAUUCAAUGUUCCCUGGAUUGGAGAAGAUGCUAAACCCGCACCUGAAGCCAAGUUUUCGGAUGGGUUCCUUGACUUGGCUAUUCUGAAGGACUGUGCAAAAGCUACCCUUAUAUCUUUAUUGAAGAAGAUGAGUGAUGGAACCCAUGUUAAGUCGCCAUAUGUGAUUUAUCUCAAAGUGAAAGCAUUUCGGUUGGUUCCUGGCAACCGUGUGGAGAACCCCACAAAAGGAGGCAUCAUUGAUGUCGAUGGUGAAGUCAUUGCAAGGGGGGAUGGUACUGGCGUGCGUGGUAAAGAAGCGGAUCUAAUGGCUUAUGGCUCUCCGAUUCAAUUGGUUGUAGACAAGGGAUUGGCUACAAUCUUCUCCCCCAGAUGACCCGACUUCUGUCCAUCCGCAUCUGCAUCUGCAAUUCCUGCUGUUGUUGGCACUGUGAUUUAGAGCAAGAAGAUGAAUUCAUUCUCACAAAUAACAGUUGUCCAUAUUUGGCAUCUUUUGUGCUUGUUUUACAGUCAAACAAAACUUGUACAUAAGCUAACGUCCUCACCAAUACUGUACAAAAUCCCACCAUAUCCCAGUUUAAGAUUUUGGAUUGGUGAAGAAUAAAUUACUAAAUGGGUUGAGGAAGGGAAAGAAAAAACGUAAAUAACUGAUU